GUCAAGUCUGUCGGUCUAGGUGGGUUUCCGGAAGCCCGAUGAGUCUUCUAAGCUGGAUCCCUCCCCACGCUGUAUCAAAUGCUAUUCUUGAUGUGGCUUUCGCGGAAGAAGAGCCUCCCAUUGCGGUUAAUGUCGUACACCCGAGGCCGAUAGCGUGAGGGGCAGUUAUGCGGCCUGUUGUGCACGCGAUAGUUGAGCACAAGGUCACAAGCGUCUCGUUGCAUCUCGUUCCAUUCUUGGGGUGGCUUGAAAAGCUUGAACCGAGUGCCAAGGACGCGAAGGAUGAAAAUAUUAAGCGUAUCCCUGCUAUCAAGCUUCUGAACUUCAUGUGUACCAUGACACGAUCAGAUAUCACGAUCAGGGGCAUCUUGCGAGAUGCCUCAGAAGCAGGUGGCUUUACUCCAUUCGCCACGGAUGUGGUUCAAUGCGUCAGUCCGACGGUCAAGGAAUUGGAGCCGCUGCCGUCGGCAGAUGCAGUGAAUACAGCAAUCCCUGUAUUUGCUUCUAACGCAAUGUGGUUACUUGGAACUUGUACUAAGAUAAGUCGGAGUCCUCUCAGGGCCAUCUUACCCUUUUAGGUGGUUUCAUCAUGCAUGCAUUAAGUGCGUGCAGCUCCCGAACUUUCUAGCUGAGCAGAUGGUGGAGUAAAAUCCAUUUGAGUGCUUUGCACGAGAAGGGCCCACGAUUCUCUGACUGUCUUCUGUUUGGGCGAGGGACUAGCUAUUAGAGCUGGUGAUACCCUGUA